AUGCCUGAUGAGGCCAUCGUGGUGGCCUUGCUGACCUGGGCCGCGCUGCGCGAGCGCGCCCGCGCCCUGCGGGCGGAGCGCGAGGCGCGCGAGCAGCGCGAUAACGCUGCCCGCCAGGCGCGGCUGCGCGACGAGGAGCGCAAGGGCCGCGUCCGCGCGGAGCGGCAGCUGCGCGAGGCGGCCGUUGGCGGCGGCGCGGCGCCUGGCGACGGGGCUGGGCUGGACGACGGGCCCGGCGGCUUCGUCUUCCACCCGAUCGGGGUGUUCUCGUCCUGCUACAGGAGCCGGUGCGGCACGCCGCGCCAGGGCGGCAUCGUGCAGGACAGCCUCGCGGUGCUCCGCUGCGUUCGCGACCUGAACCCCGCGGCGGCGCUGGAGGGCCUCGAGGAGAGUUCAGCCACUGUUGGGUGCUGUAUGUGUUCCACGAGAACACGAACCUCUCGCGCGAGGGCAAGACGACCGCCAGGCGGCGGGGGCAGCAGCGCGGGCGCGUCCCGCUGUGGCAGGGCCUCUGCAUGA